AUCGUUUCCGCUUUGGCUUGACAACGAAGUACACAAUCUUUGAAGAGAGCCACACGUGCCUUGUAUACUCCCUUUUAAGUCCACGGUAUUACUUUUAUACAGAGUCAUCAUGGCGAGCGACGAAGUGUUCAUGAAAGGAGACAUCGCUGUCUUUGCUGCAGAGAUGAAGAAGUUAAUAAAUAACAAGGAAACUGGUGAUAUUCGGUUUUUAAUUGGCCCAAAUCGCAAGCCGAUAUUUGCCCACAGAUGUAUCCUGGCAGCUCGCUGUGAUGUGUUCAGAGCCAUGUUUGCUGAUCAGGCCCAGAAAAAUACAACCCAGGAUGCAGAGAUACCAUUUGUCUUAUCAGACAUCACACCAGACAUAUUCCUGGCACUUAUGGAGUUUCUGUAUACAAAUUGUGUUACUCUCAAUGGGAAAAUUGCAAUUGAUGUGUUGGGCAGUUCUAUUGAGUAUGGUCUGGAGGAGUUAAGGAAGCUAUGUGUUGAGUAUUUGAUAGACAACCUUAGUGUCAAUAAUGCUGCAGAAACUAUGCAAGCUUCAGUGACAUAUGGUCAGGAUGAGCUGAGGGACAAAACCAUGGACUACAUUGAGCAGAACACAGAGAAUAUUUUCAAAACAAAAGGUUUCCAUGAGAUGUCUGAGGAGGCCAUAUCCUAUGUUAUGACCAGUGACAAGUUGGACAUUGAUGAAGUUGAUGUCAUAUCUGCGGUCAGGGAGUGGGCAACUGUCAAUUCCGUUGUCAUAGGCAAGCCUAUUACAGAGGUUUCUAAAAGCGUAGCCCAACACAUCAGACUUCCUCUUCUGUCUCCUGAUGAACUCACAGAAGUUGAGAAGGAAAACAAAAAGGAUAAUCUCAUACCUGUUGAAUGUGUAUCAUUUGCAUGGAAAUUCCACGUAUUCAAGAAGGGGGAAAAGGGCAAUGCACUGACUACAAAAAGAAAAGGAACAAAGCCCAGAGAAUCACACAAAGGACUAGAUGCACUUUAAGACACAUAAACAUUCAGUAUAUAUGCUAGUUCCAAUAUAAUUCCUGUUGUAACCACACACUAGAAUUUGAGUAAUAGUGUAAGUUUUUCAGCUCGUGCUGACAUGAACAUUUCCUUUUGGCAAAUUUUCAUAGACACAAAAUUUUUUUCUUUUCUAAUGUUAAACAAUCUGCCAAUAUCCGUACUACAAAUUUAUGAAUAGUGUUCAAAUGAUUUGGGUAAUAUAUUGUACUAUUUGUUGAAAACCCACAUUAUGCUUGUAUGGCUCAGUAUGGGCACAUAUUCCUGUUUUCUAUUAUACACACUUACCAUUUGAUCUAACAGCUAGUAUCACUGCAGUGUUUCAUCUGGGUGCCAUUCAAAUUUGUUGUAAAAAUAGGACCAUUUACACUUGCAACUUGGUUCAAAUCUCAGCUGUGUCAGUUGGUGUUGGUAAAGUGGUACAUGUAGCCAAACUAAAAUUGACAUUAAGGCAGAACUUUUUUGUAGUUUAGGAUAACAGUUCAUUGCAGAUACAGAUAUAUUCCACAUGCAUAAGGAGCAUCAUUACAAUCACCUGUCAUCCACUUGCACAUUGUUACCUGUAGUUGUUAGUGCUUUACUUUGUGUUAUAUAAAGAAAUCAUACCGUGACAUAAGAAUGCAUAUGCAUAUUUGAUUAUUUUCAACAGUAUCUCUGCUACAAUAUUUCCAAUUGGAGAAAAAUUGGCAGGAAGUCAAAGUCUGUCAGUUGACCGAUAAUUAUUAUUUAUCAUAUUUUUAUAAGACCUGAAGACUUGAAAGUUUUUACAUGUAGCUAUCUUGUGCAAUUCCUUGUUAAUGUGUGUAAAUUUGUGACCGUCUUUCAUGUAGUUGUUUUAUUUUACAUGCUGUUUUGCAUACUUGUAAAUACACUUUUUGAAAAUAA